AGGAGGAGAGAGGGAGAGAGAGAGAGAGGGAGAGCAAACGGAGGGAGGAGGGAGGGGGAAACGGCGUAUGCUUGUAUACAAGCCUGAUUUCCAUUUUUUUUCCCCCAACUCGUAAUGUAUUUAAUUCAAGUGAAACGUAAUCAUGACGUGUCGUGUCAUUAAUCUCCUCGCCGCCUCUCCCAGGAUGGAUUCUCCGCCAGAGUGUGUGUUGUCUCUUUCUUGUGAGCAGGCCCAGUCUCCCCCGACGCUGCCGUCCCUGGACCACAGCCCCCGGGCGUCCUCUCCUCUUACCGAGCUCUCGCUACCCGACAGUCCCGCUGCGCUGCCCGUUCACAGCCCCGCCCCUUCCCCCCAGAGCCCGGACGCCACGCCUUACUUCCCCCUCUCUCUCUUCCCCCUCCUCGAGGACAACGGCGACGACACCCUCGGCGAAGGCGACGACGACGAGGACGGGCUAGAUGCAGUCCCUCCGUCCCCGACCCCGGCGGUGGCUCUGUUUCCGGGGGGAAGGGGGCAAGAAGCCGGGUGCAGCCCUUGCUUGGACUCCUCGCCGCCCGCCACGCCAUCAGCGCCGCUCCUCGGGUUCGGAGCCCUGGAGCUGGCCCUCUCGUCCGGGCAGAGUGGAAACUGCAACGAUGAGCUAGACCUGCAGCUGUUCCAGAAAGAUACCGUUACCAGGGCGAUACCUGGAGUGGGAGGGGCUUCCCCAGGGCCUGCACUCAGGUUCCCCUGUCAUGUGUGCGGAAAGAGAUUCAGAUUCCAAAGCAUUUUAUCUCUCCAUGCCCGAGCUCACAGUCUGGACCGGGACCGCCGAGCCUCGGCCCUGUACCGGACUGGACCCCCUGCAGCACCCCUAAAGCAGAACCUCAAAGUCCAACAGAACCACAAAGACUUCCAGAAUCACCGAAGUCACCUGAACCAGCGCAUACUGCCGGGGACACUCAUCCAGCAUCUUACAGAAGAAGAUGUUGAGGUCAAAGGUCUAGAUGACGGCCUACAGACAGACCCGAACCCAAACUUCUUACUCGAUGACAGCACUCCAUUGACCCCUCCCCUUACAGAAGAUCCUGUAUCCGUAACUCCUCCCUACUCUUUGACCAUCGGCGAGGGUGGGUCUGCUUCUACGGCGCCUGCGUUUCGCUGCCAUGCCUGCAAAGGAAAAUUCCGCACGGCUUCGGAGUUGGCGCGCCAUGUUCGCAUUCUCCACAACCCGUACAAGUGCACCCUUUGUCCCUUCUCUGCCAGCCAAGAAGAGAGCCUGGCUGCUCACUUGCAGGAGUUCCACCCUCCCCCCGAGGUACCUGCUCUGCCACCGGCCUUCAAUUCCAGGCUGGUCAUUGCAACCCCUGACACUCCCGUGCCCACCCCGACCCACACCCCGGCCCCGAGUACCCCCCAGGUGACUGCGGCAGCCAGAGCGGCUGCGUCGCCCACAUUGCCGGCAUUCCGCUGUGAGACUUGUGGACAGCGGUUUACCCAAUCCUGGUUCCUCAAGGGACACAUGCGGAAGCACAAGGACUCCUUGGACCAUAAGUGCCAGGUGUGCGGCCGUGGUUUUAAAGAGCCGUGGUUCCUCAAGAACCACAUGAAAGUACACCUCAACAAGCUCGGGCUGAAGGCCGGGCUGGGAACUCUCGGGGGACCGGGAGGUUCAGAGCAGCAGGGCAAAGGCUCCGCUAGUAAUCAGUCUCUCAACGCCCUCUAUUCAAGCCUCCUGCUGGCCCAGCAAAGAGGUGGUAGAGGUGGACAAGGAAGAUCAGAUAGGGAAACUGGGGGCCGAAUGGGGAUGGGCUCGAGCAAGUCUGCCAUCCUGGGAUACCUCGGGUUGCCCAGUGACGGCGGCGGGGCUAGCUGCAUGGAGAGACUUCAAGCAGUGGCUCAGGUGGCAGAGAUGGGAAACGGCGGCGGUGGAGGCGGCUUCGGGGGCUCAGUAGUAGGGGACCCAGGAAGAGGAGGGGGAGCCGCCAGAGGAGGCAGCGCCGGUGAAACUCCUGCAUCCGUUCCAGAAGGAGGUGACCAGGCGACUUGGUGGCAGCUGGUGGCUCGCAGCCUGGCGGUAGCUCAACAGCAGCAGCAACAGCAGCAGCAGCAGCAGCAGCAGCAGCAGCAGAGGCCCCAACAGCGAAGCCAGCAACAAAGCCAGCGAGGCCAAGGGCGGAGCUCCGCCAUCACAGAGGCCGACCAAGUCAGGGCCUACCUCGGAGGCCUGGAACCAAGAGAAGAGUCAGGCGGAGCUGGGGGGCCGUGGGAAUGCCCCGACUGCGGAAAGCUGUUCCGCAGCUUGCAGCAGGUGGUAGUCCAUGCUCGCGUUCACACUCAGCGGCCCCAGAAAGGAGGAGGAGGAGGAGGAGGAGGCGGCGGUGAAGAGGAAGGAAGUGGAAGCCGUAGAAGAGGUGGACUCGGAAGAGGAGGAGGAGGAGGAGGCGGUGGCGGCGAACUUAAACAGGAAUCUCAGCCACACAGCGGUGAAUCCCAGCAAGCAGGAGAAGGGAGACAGGAGUCCAAACUGCACAGCGGCGGAGCACAACAAGCGGGGGCAGCUUCGGGGUUUCACUCCGCCAUCUCCGGCUACAAAGGAGAAAAUGGGCUGACAGCAGUCUCCUCCAUACCUUCGGUUCCCAACAGGGAGCGAGUGCGCGGUAGAGGGAUAAAAGACUGCCCCUACUGUGGUAAAGCCUUCCGCUCUUCACACCAUCUCAAAGUGCACCUGAGAGUUCACACAGGUGAGAGACCCUACAAAUGUCCCCAUUGUGACUAUGCGGGUACCCAGUCGGGCUCGCUGAAGUACCACCUGCAGCGGCACCACAGGGAGCAACGCAACGCCUUGUCGGCCUCCUCCAUUUCCUCCUCCGGUGGUCUCGCCCCCACCAUCAACAGUCUGACCUCUGGAAGCUCCGGGCUGGCUAAGCAGCGCCGGUCCCAGCCAAACCACUGCCCCGUCAACCGAGGCCCCGCCGAAACCCCCGCAUCUCGGCCCGGCCAGCAGUCCUGGCUCCUGGGGUUUCCAGACCAGCGGGAGCAUCGCAAGACUCUGGCGGCUCUGAGGGAUGUCGACUUGGAGACCCAGUACAGGUAUUUGUCCGGGGUGAUGGGGGCCCUUUACCAAGGUGGAAUGGAAGGAGGCUGGAUCAGGGAGUCUCCUCCGCCCAAGGCCCCUAAAGUGUCCCGCCGUAAGCCCCUCACUACCAGCCGAAUGGUUCAACCGCCGAGUGACAAGGAAGGGCCUGCGGCUUCGACUCAAGAAGGCGGUUUUGAACCCCUGGAUCUGUCUCGCCGCCCCUCACCUGGCCUCGGAAGCAUGGAGGAGGAUGGAGUCAUGACCUUCGGGGAGGGAGAAGGGGUCGGCGGUGGGGAUGGUUCAACAGGGGUCAAACUGAGCCAGUGUUUGUUCUGCCCUUUUCGUACGUCCUCGGCAGAGCUGAUGGCCAUGCACCUCCAGGUCAACCACACCAGCAAGUCCAGGCGCAAAAGAGCCCCUUCUGCCCCCCUGGAUGAUAAUGGAGCCCCAAAGGCCACCAAGCCCCGGACGGAUCGCUCAGAUCUCGACCCUGUGACGAUAUGGAGGCACGUCGCCGAAGCGGAUUCUCAGGCCCCCCUGAGGGAAUGGUCCUCAACGCAGGCCAAGACCCUGAACGGCCUCUCCCAAGAUACACAGGACCGUCUGAACGGCAUCCUCGACUACCCAGACGUGGCCUCCGUGUCCAAGACCGUCAGAGACGGUCUGGGACUCAAGGGAAGGAUGGAGGUGGAUGAGGAGGAGCAGGACGAGGAGUUGGAAGAGAAUUUGGAGAACAGCAGUCUGGAGGAUUCAGAGGACCACGAUCUGAGGAUGUCCCUUGCUCUUUCCCCGGCCCUGAGCUCUAACCACAUGGCGGGAGAGGAGGAAAGAGUGUUCACAGAUUAAAAGGCUUUGCUUUGGUAAACACCGUUCAAGUCGUAGGGUUGGAGUGGUUUUUUAACUACAUUGGACACGAAAUUGAAGAAACGGACAAAGGAUUCUCGACCGCGGAGGGUUUGAAAGAGGAGAGAAGAGAAACAUCACAGCUGUUCUUUGUGAGGUCAUCCACUAAAUAAACUUCCUGCACGCAAGAGCGGAUAUGCGUCUUUUCAGGAUUUCGCAGGCCACUUUUUCCUCAGUUUUCUUUUUUCGAGCUUCACUCCGAGAUGAUUUUUAGGGUGAUCUCCCAUGUAAUGAAUCAAAGGAACAGAUUCAAGGCAUUUGUCUCACACCAAUAAUGUUUAUUGCAGAGUACUACACUAACCAAGCUGAAGAUACUCCCCUGACAGACCACUGAACGGUUUGAAACCUCGAGCUCCUCCUCCACCCACACAAAUGUGGGGGACAGUUGAGUCGUUGUGGAGCCGUGAACCUCAGCUAAGCUAUCGGGUAUUAAUUUAAAAAGGCAUGAGGUAACUGCUGCAGGCCGCCUGCUUUCCCUCAACUAUGUACCACUGCCUUGUUUGUCUGAAAAGUGUUUCUACACCAUUGUCCUAAAGAAAAAAACAGAAAGAAGUGUUUGUAACAUUUGUUUUCUUCAGUUAGUGCCUGUUCAUGUGCGUUUUUUCUAGCCUCCGGUGCUCCGAGAGGUCAUUCAUUUUAUCUGAAUAUACAGUUUAAAACAAUUUAAGUACAGUAUAUUUGUUAAAAGUGGUUCUAGGGUGUUGUGAAUAGUUAAGUUGUAAAAGAAAUGCAGCGUCGUUCUCGACACGGGCGGCGGAUGUUCGUGGCUUGAAAAGGAAAAGAGGAAGAGCCGGCGACAUGGACAACGCGAUUUCAAAGAGGUCGAAGUUAAAAAUUCAGUGUUUACAAUGGCGCCGAAUGUGGGUCGCGUUGCCGAGGCAACGUAAAAAAAAAAGAAGAACAAACUCAGAGCGGGAGUCUGCCCGAGACCCCGGACACAAUCAGCCGACACGCCCUUUUUAAGGAGAGACACAAGGUAGAGAAGGAAAAAGACGGGACCAGGGGACCCAGCUGUACCCUGGGAGGCGUACGGCGUCUUUUCAGACGAGUAGAUUCCCCCUCUUCUUUUUUAACAAAGGAAAGAAAAGACAAUGGUAGGAGUAAUUAUUAAAAACACUAACAAAUGCAUAGACAUCCCAGUAGAAUAUGUGUAGCUUUUGUAAAGACGAGGAUAAAAAAAAAAAGCAGACUUUUGUUUAUUUUCAUUUCAAGAUGCUUACAGAAAAAGGUUAUCAAUAUAGGUAAUAUUGAUUAUAAUGUUUGUGAGCUAAGACUAGUUGGAAUGUCUAUUCAGAGCACUGUGCAAGGUUUCAGUUCCAAAAGUAGAUUUUUUUUCUUUCCACUUUAUCGAUAGACCAAACGUUUUUUCCAAUGGAAGUUGUCACUUUCUGUUGUCGUUUUUUCAAGCGUAAAGCUGUGGUUUCCGAUAGAUCUCCCCCAUCGAUCAGCCCGGUCCGUCGAUCGGUCGAUCGGCGCAUCAAAUACCCAACCACCGAACGGGUUGUUAAAGAAAGUUCCCUUUUGUGUAAAACCCCAACUGCUACGAACGAAAACAAUCAAACGGAGAAUUCGUGAGUUAACGUCCCCAUCGCGCUGGUGGAGGACCGCUCUUUUACCCACGUGGACUACUUAUCGAUGGGGCGUCCUACCACACCUUAAUGUGCAUUAAUGUGUUUUAAGUUCCGUCUUUAGAGCACCUUAUGAGUUCUGUAGUGAUAAGUCCCUCAGUGGUGUCUCCUUAACAACUACUGUCAAUGCCAUCGUGCCUUCUGUUUCAAGCACUUCCUGGUGUAUUUUGUAAAACUCACCAAAAGCACUUAGCCUACAUCACACUCGUUCUUGCUCUCGCUGCCCCCCCCCCUCCCCCCUCUCUCUCUAAUCAGGUCACUAGGCCUUAUCACCAUCUAGCAUGGCUAGACUCUUGAAAAAAUGGACUACCUAACCUUUAGCCAAGUACAAAUCACUGUAGACGUAGGGUUGGACUACUGUUGGUAUUUGAUACUAACCCUUUGUGAACCAAAGCCCGAGUCUAAGUUAAAUCAACAUUAUUAUAUUAAUCUCUUAAAGAAAAAGGGUGCCAAAACAUGUCCCAGGUGACACUAAAGUAAAAACAAAAUAAUUCACUUUCUUUCUUUCUUUUACCCCCCAUCCCCCCCCCUCUCUCUCUCUCGCUUGCUCUUCCUCCAUGUCGCUCUCUCUCGUCCGUAAACUGUCUCUAUCUCUAUAGCACCACUUGAAGGUGACGUGUACUAUCUGGUAUUGAGGCCUUUAUUAGAUUUUUAUUUCGGUUUGUGUGGUGUUUGUUCAAUGCCGUUGAGAUGGAAAAAUGCUCUUCUUAUGAUGAUAAUUAUUAUCGUUUUUGGCAUUAUGGUUAAAAAAAACUACAAAAAAAAUGACAAAAUGAAAAAAGAGAAAUGUGUUGUUGAAUGUUGUACAGAUAGCACUAGAGCUGUUGUGUUUUUUUAAUUUUGUUUUUUAAAGAGAGCAGAAACCCGAGCGAUGGCCCCUUCCACUCCUCCCACAGCCUGCCAAUCAAUCUACAUGACUAACGACAAAAACCUCCUCCCUGACGCCAACGUUCGGUUGAGCCUUCCACUCGUUAACUUUCCCGAACCUCACGCACACAGAACGAAUCCUCGCCAAAAGACUGAAGCGCAGUCGAUGCUUCUACUGAAAACAUCGGUCAACCGAGCAAAGCAAGUGGCUGACUUGUUAUUAAAACUCCUUCCCAAAUCAAA